AUGGUUAAGAGCAACGGCCUGAAUGUGGCCUUGAGGCUGGUGAACGGAGAGGGCCGGUGUCAGGGCCGGGUGGAGGUCCUGUACCGGGGCUCGUGGGGCACCGUGUGUGACGACGACUGGGACACCCAUGACGCCAACGUGGUGUGCAGGCAGCUCGACUGUGGCCCAGCUCUGUCAGCGCCAGGAAGCGCCCGCUUUGGUCAGGGCUCAGGGCGUAUUGUCUUGGACAAUGUGGGCUGCUCUGGAAACGAGUCCUACCUGUGGAGCUGCCCUCACAACGGCUGGCUCUCGCACAACUGCGGCCACGGGGAAGACGCCAGCGUCAUCUGCUCAGGUGGGCCUCCAAGAGGUACUAAGCCUCCAAAUACGUAUCCUGCCCCUGUCACUCACGAGUCAACAGUGAAAUCUCCGUGCUUUCCUCUAGAUGUGGCCUUGAGGCUGGUGAACGGAGAAGGCCGGUGUCAGGGCCGGGUGGAGGUCCUGUACCGGGGCUCGUGGGGCACCGUGUGUGACGACGACUGGGACACCCAUGACGCCAACGUGGUGUGCAGGCAGCUCGACUGUGGCCCAGCUCUGUCAGCGCCAGGAAGUGCCCGCUUUGGUCAGGGCUCAGGGCGUAUUGUCUUGGACAAUGUGGGCUGCUCUGGAAACGAGUCCUACCUGUGGAGCUGCCCUCACAACGGCUGGCUCUCGCACAACUGCAGCCACGGGGAAGACGCCAGCGUCAUCUGCUCAGAAUAUGUGGCCUUGAGGCUGGUGAACGGAGAGGGCCGGUGUCAGGGCCGGGUGGAGGUCCUGUACCGGGGCUCGUGGGGCACCGUGUGUGACGACGGCUGGGACACCAAUGAUGCCAACGUGGUGUGCAGGCAGCUGGGCUGUGGCCAGGCCACGUCCGCCCCAGGAAGUGCCCGCUUCGGUCAUGGCUCAGGGCCUAUUGUCCUGGACGAAGUAGGCUGCUCAGGACACGAGUCCUACCUGUGGAGCUGCCCCCACAACGGCUGGCUCUCGCACAACUGCGGCCACGGGGAAGACGCCAGCGUCAUCUGCUCAGAUGUGGCCUUGAGGCUGGUGAACGGAGAGGGCCGGUGUCAGGGCCGGGUGGAGGUCCUGUACCGGGGCUCGUGGGGCACCGUGUGUGACGACGGCUGGGACACCAAUGAUGCCAACGUGGUGUGCAGGCAGCUGGGCUGUGGCCAGGCCACGUCCGCCCCAGGAAGUGCCCGCUUCGGUCAUGGCUCAGGGCCUAUUGUCCUGGACGAAGUAGGCUGCUCAGGACACGAGUCCUACCUGUGGAGCUGCCCCCACAACGGCUGGCUCUCGCACAACUGCGGCCACGGGGAAGACGCCAGCGUCAUCUGCUCAGGUGGGCCUCCAAGAGGUAGUACAAAGGAUGUAGCACAGGGCAGAGGCACAAUACGCAGCCACACCCACUUCCUAAGAUCUCGGCGCCCCAGGCAGGCCUUCUGGAAGGGACAGACAGUGAAAUCUCCGUGCUUUCCUCUAGAUGUGGCCUUGAGGCUGGUGAACGGAGAGGGCCGGUGUCAGGGCCGGGUGGAGGUCCUGUACCGGGGCUCGUGGGGCACCGUGUGUGACGACGGCUGGGACACCAAUGAUGCCAACGUGGUGUGCAGGCAGCUGGGCUGUGGCCAGGCCACGUCCGCCCCAGGAAGUGCCCGCUUCGGUCAUGGCUCAGGGCCUAUUGUCCUGGACGAAGUAGGCUGCUCAGGACACGAGUCCUACCUGUGGAGCUGCCCCCACAACGGCUGGCUCUCGCACAACUGCGGCCACGGGGAAGACGCCAGCGUCAUCUGCUCAGGUGGGCCUCCAAGAGGUACGUGGCCUCUCUCUGUGUUGUUUCAGGGGACUCCGUGCUUUCCUCUAGAUGUGGCCUUGAGGCUGGUGAACGGAGAGGGCCGGUGUCAGGGCCGGGUGGAGGUCCUGUACCGGGGCUCGUGGGGCACCGUGUGUGACGACGGCUGGGACACCAAUGAUGCCAACGUGGUGUGCAGGCAGCUGGGCUGUGGCCAGGCCACGUCCGCCCCAGGAAGUGCCCGCUUCGGUCAUGGCUCAGGGCCUAUUGUCCUGGACGAAGUAGGCUGCUCAGGACACGAGUCCUACCUGUGGAGCUGCCCCCACAACGGCUGGCUCUCGCACAACUGCGGCCACGGGGAAGACGCCAGCGUCAUCUGCUCAGAAUAUGUGGCCUUGAGGCUGGUGAACGGAGAGGGCCGGUGUCAGGGCCGGGUGGAGGUCCUGUACCGGGGCUCGUGGGGCACCGUGUGUGACGACGGCUGGGACACCAAUGAUGCCAACGUGGUGUGCAGGCAGCUGGGCUGUGGCCAGGCCACGUCCGCCCCAGGAAGUGCCCGCUUCGGUCAUGGCUCAGGGCCUAUUGUCCUGGACGAAGUAGGCUGCUCAGGACACGAGUCCUACCUGUGGAGCUGCCCCCACAACGGCUGGCUCUCGCACAACUGCGGCCACGGGGAAGACGCCAGCGUCAUCUGCUCAGUGCCUGGACCGCCUGUGUCUGGCCCAGGUCCCAUCCUCUGCUGGGACCAUUUCCAUUUUGUUCUGACAGCAAAUUAUUCCUGCGGAGGCUUCCUGUCCCAACCUUCAGGGCACCUCUCCAGCCCAUUCUAUCCUGGGAACUAUCCAAACAACGCCAAAUGUGUGUGGGACAUCGAAGUCCAAAACACCUACUGCGUGACUGUUGUCUUCAGAGAUGUCCAGCUUGAUGGCGGCUGUAACUACGACUACGUCGAGGUGUUUGAUGGUCCCCACCACAGUUCCCCCCUUGUCGCACGCGUCUGUGAUGGGUCAAGGGGCUCCUUCACCUCGUCGUCAAACUUCAUGUCUAUUCGCUUCAUCAGCGACGGCAGUGUCACAAGAAGAGGCUUCCAGGCCGACUUCUACUCUAGUCCUUCCAAUGACAGCACCAAGCUGCUUUGUCGGUCGAAUCACAUGCAAACCAGCGUGAGCAGAAUCUACCUCCAAUCCCUGGGCUAUUCUGCCAGGGAUCUUGUCAUUCUCAGCUGGAACGGGAGCUACCAGUGUCGGCCCCAGAUAACGUCGAGCCAGGUGACAUUCACAAUUCCCUACUCAGGCUGCGGCACCCUCGAGCAGGUAGAUAAUGAUACUAUCACCUAUUCCAACGUCCUCAAAGCAGCGGUUUCAAGGGGCAUCAUCAAGAGAAAGAAGGACCUCUACAUUCACGUCAGCUGCAGAAUGCUUGAGAACACUUGGGUUGACACAAUGUACAUUGCUAAUGACACCAUCGAGGUCGAGGAAGUCCAGUAUGGCAAUUUUGACGUGAACAUUUCCCUUUACACAUCCUCUUCAUUCUUGUAUCCCGUGACCAGUGGCCCAUACUAUGUGGACCUGAACCAGAAUUUGUACCUUCAGGCUGAAAUCCUCCAUUCUGACGCCUCCCUGGACUUAUUUGUGGACACCUGUGUGGCGUCGCCAUAUUCCAAUGACUCUACAUCCCUGACUUAUGAUCUAAUCCGGAGCGGGUGUGUGAAGGAUGAAACCUACCAAUCCUACGCUCCGCCGUCGCCCCGCAUCGCCCGCUUCAAAUUCAGUUCCUUCCACUUUGUGAAGCGCUUCCCCUCCGUGUACCUGCAGUGUAAGAUGGUGGUGUGCAAGGUGUACGACUCCUCUUCCCGCUGCCACAGAGGCUGCGUGGUGAGGGCCAAGAGGGACGUGGGCUCCUACCAGGAGAAGGUGGACGUCGUCCUGGGGCCCAUCCUACUGCAGGGCCCGCACACCAAGGAGAGGAGCCUGGCCCCGCCGGCUGACGUGGAGGAGCAGGCCAGCACGCAGGGGAGCUACCACAGCGCUGCCGUCUCUGCUGGGGUCUUCCUGGUCGUGGUCCUGGUUGUGGCAGCUUUCACCCUGGGGAGGAACACCCGCGCCGCCAAUGACCAGCCUCUGAGCUCUAAGAUGUGA